GAUUCAAAGACGAUGGAACCAGUCUACAGUGGUAUAGUGCAUGUAUUUCAGGGGCGAUUUUUUUCAAAAUGGAAACGAUUCAAAGGUGCCAUAUUUGAGGAGAAUAUCACCGGCCGAGCACGUCUUGAACUUUACUCUUCUGAUUCUCAACUCGCAGCUUUAACACCUUCAAGAAAUAUCCUUCUAGGAGAAUGUGUGGCAAUUCGAAUUGUUAAUUUUCGAAAUACUAUUAACAGUAUGUUUUUUUUCUUCAUUUUCAUUUGCUUAGUUUUGCAUCAUGAGGAUGGUAUAUCGGACUAUUUAGGUGACAAUCGAAUCAUUCAAAUACAAUCCAGAAAUGCUCCUGUGUUACUAAUUGCUGUAGAAAAUGUGGAAGAAUGGCAUUACGUUUUAUGCAAAGUUGCAUUUCCUGAUCAGUUUGCUUCAAUCGGUACACAUCCUUGUUCGUCAUUAUCAACGAAUUCUAAUGAAGAGUACGAUGUUCCAUGGGACUUGAGUCAUAUUCCGGUGUUAUUGGAAACUAACAAAAAUAGCCAUCGUAUUCGAAUCCCAGAGGGAAACUACGAAAUUAGUUUUGGGGAUUCAAUUUUUUUGAAAAAUGGAAUAAAUUGUAUUGAAGUUUGGUCAUAUUCGCAAAUCACGUGGUUUGGUAUGGGGGAAAGUUGCUUUGCAUUUGAAAUUGACUACGAUCAACCGUACGAAUUCAAAUGUGGACGACCAGAAAGUGUGCUAGAAGCUUUACAACAGCAUUUAAAACUGAAAGCUGAUACAGCACUCCCAACAAAUACCUGCAAUGUAUACACAAGACAGUUCAUUUCAUCUGAGCAGAAAUUUGAUCGAAGCUCAUCAGAGCGACAUGGAGAAAAACUAUUUUUACAUUCGACACCAUCCUUUUAUAACGAGCGGAGCAUUACGAAUUCAACAUCAGAUAAUUUACGCUCACGUUUUGUGCUUUUUCGUCGUAAAAAAGAGCGUAAGGAACGCGACAUGUUUGAACUUGAUGCAAGGGAUGAAUGGAUCAGAUACAACAAAAAGAGCCUGGAUAACGUGUAUGGAAAUGCUUUGCACCAAACAGAAUUAGAAGAAAAGAAUUAUUCAAGGUUUCCUAACGCACGCAAUGCUACUGCCUUCCACCGAGAUCUCGAAGACAGCAUUGCUAAACGUGCAUUAUGUUCGUCGUUAUCUAGUGAAGCAUUAACAACUACAAAAAGCGAUAACAGAGACAAUAGUAGUACUCAACGAAGGGAAAUUAUUUUACGUCCACGUAUUAUUCUUGAUAAUGAUCUGCUCAACCCAUCGAUAUCCACACCAUCUGCCGAUAAUUUGGAAAAUGAUAGUGGAAUGGGAAGUCUUCAGGUUCGUUUACGUGACUCCGUAACAUCAGAAUCCAGUCCAGCACCAGUGAUCUGUAAACCUACUUAUACUCAUUUCAGGCAAUCUUUAAUCAACUAA